AUGGCCUCAUUACGACCAGCUUCCCGUCGAAUCCUUUCGUCGACCACACAUGCGCCUUUCCUCCAGAGACGAUGCCUUGCCACGGCGGCAUCAGACAUCACGCCCUCAUCGCCGAAUACAACAAAAUCUACCCCUCGACGAGCCACAAAGUUUUCGGAUAUUCUGAAUGCCGGUCCAGCAUUUGGGGACUUUGUCUCUGGCAAAGAAGAACCUCUGAGUCCCGAGGAAGCUCUGGAAUUGAAGACGGUCAUGACUCCUGUCCCUAGCAGCAACAAUUUCAAGAAGAUCAAGAAUGACCUGCGCGGUCUCAACCUACACACUGUCUGCGAGGAAGCACGCUGUCCCAACAUCUCUGACUGCUGGGGCGGCAGCGACAAGUCUGCUGCUACUGCCACUAUUAUGCUUAUGGGCGACACAUGUACCCGCGGUUGCCGAUUCUGUUCCGUCAAGACAAGCCGAAAGCCUCCGCCGCUUGACGUCCACGAGCCCGAAAAUACCGCAGAAGCACUAUCACGAUGGGGUCUUGGUUACGUUGUUUUGACAUCCGUCGACCGUGAUGAUCUUGCAGACGGAGGUGCACACCAUUUCGCAAGCACAAUCAUGAAGAUCAAGCAGAAGGCACCUACAAUGCUUGUCGAGGCUCUGACCGGCGACUACGCUGGUGAUUUGGAUAUGGUCAAGGUGGUGGCUCAGAGUGGUCUGGAUGUCUACGCACACAACAUGGAGACUGUCGAAGCCUUGACACCUUUUGUUCGCGAUCCUCGCGCAAAGUUCCGUCAAUCGCUUGCAGUCCUCAACGCUGCAAAGGAGGCCAAGGAAGGCUUGAUCACAAAGACCAGUUUGAUGCUGGGACUGGGCGAGACCGAAGAUCAGCUCUGGGACACACUCAAAGAACUCCGCAAGAUCGAUGUCGACGUUGUUACUUUCGGCCAGUAUAUGCGCCCUACCAAACGCCACAUGAAGGUUGAAGAAUAUGUUUCGCCCGAGAAGUUCGAACUCUGGAGACAACGUGCCCUCGAUAUGGGCUUCCUCUACUGCGCCAGUGGCCCCCUAGUCCGCAGCUCAUACAAGGCCGGUGAAGCCUUCAUCGAAAACGUCCUUAAGAAGCGUGCCAAGAAGAACUCGCUCGCCAUGGCCGAGGAUGCAGGCGACUUCAAGCCUUUGAACGCUGCAUAA